GUCAUCUGGGUAUGCCAUAAAUCAGACCGUUGAUUCCCAUUUGAUGUGGGUGAGCUGGUGUGAUUGACAUUGGCGUGCAAGGACAUGGUCUCCUAUAAAAAGGAGACGAACUUUCCAAUGCUACUAAGUCAUUCUCAAGGCAAAAUAGCUAGUGGACAUUGCCUGCACAGCGAGAAUGGAAAGGGAUGGGUUUAGAAAUGGAGGGGCUGUGUUUGAGGACUUGUUGCCAGUGAUGGCGGAGAAGCUGGACGUGGAGGCGUUUGUGUCAGAGCUUUGUGGGGGGUUCAGGCUGCUGGCAGACCAAGCGAGGGGGCUGAUAACUCCGGAGAGUCUGAGGAGGAGCUCAGCGCUUCUGGGGAUGGAGGGCAUGAGCAAGGAGGAUGCAGAGGCGAUGGUCAGAGAGGGAGAUCUUGAUGGAGAUGGGGUGCUGAAUGAGACUGAGUUUUGCAUCCUCAUGGUGAGACUCAGCCCUGGGAUGAUGCAAGAUGCUGAGGUUUGGCUUCAGAAGGCGCUUGACGGGGAGCUCAGAGGAAGAGGAUCAUCCUCGGCUUCAUCUUAAUUGGGGUUUAGUUUUAGUACCAGAGCUUUCUUUAUAUUCAUCCCAUUGUUCUCUCCUCUGUUUGAUUGUAUUUUUGCCGUUUCUUUUUACCUUUUGUGAAGGCAGAUCAUUAUUAAUGGUAAGAUGGUAUUGUUGACAAAA